AUGGCAGCAGUUGGCAGCAGCUACAAAAGUCUUGCCAGAAAGCUCUGGCUGGCAGCUGAGUUCCCAGAGGACCACUGGACCUCAGUCACUGUGUUCAGGGACAGCAGUGGUGGUGACAAUGGCUGCAGCAGCUGCAAAAAGCUUGCUGCUCUCAGAAGAAAGAUGGGCUUCCUCCUUGGAAAAAUGGCAGCAGCUAGUCAGAUACUAAUUUAUCUGCUUAAUCCUAUUUUAGCCACCAAAGUCCUUGGCACUGUCAAAUGGUUCAACGUCAGAAAUGGAUAUGGAUUUAUAAAUCGAAAUGACACCAAAGAAGAUGUAUUUGUACAUCAGACUGCCAUCAAGAAGAAUAACCCACGGAAAUAUCUACGCAGUGUAGGAGAUGGAGAAACUGUGGAGUUUGAUGUGGUUGAAGGAGAGAAGGGUGCAGAAGCAGCCAACGUGACUGGCCCAGAUGGAGUUCCUGUAGAAGGGAGUCGUUAUGCUGCUGAUCGACGCCGUUACCGACGUGGCUACUAUGGCAGGCGCCGUGGCCCUCCUCGGAAUUACGCUGGGGAGGAGGAGGAGGAAGGGAGCGGCAGCAGUGAAGGAUUUGAGCCCCCUGCCACUGACGGGCAGUUCUCUGGGGCCCGGAAUCAGCUGCGCCGCCCCCAGUAUCGCCCUCAGUACCGGCAGCGGCGGUUCCCGCCUUACCACGUGGGACAGACCUUUGACCGUCGCUCACGGGUCUUUCCCCAUCCCAACAGAAUGCAGGCUGGUGAGAUUGGAGAGAUGAAGGAUGGAGUCCCAGAGGGAGCACAGCUUCCAGGACCAGUUCAUCGAAAUCCAACUUACCGCCCAAGGUACCGUAGUAGGGGACCUCCUCGCCCAAGACCUGCCCCAGCUGUUGGAGAGGCUGAAGAUAAAGAGAAUCAACAGGCGGCCAAUGGUCCAAACCAGCCAUCUGCUCGCCGUGGAUACCGGCGUCCCUACAACUAUCGGCGUCGCUCCCGUCCUUCUAAUGCUCCCUCACAAGAUGGCAAAGAGACCAAGGCAGGUGAAGCACCAACUGAGAACCCUGCUCCAGCCACCGAGCACAGCAGUGCUGAGUAACACCAGGCUCCCCAGGCACCUUCACCAUCAGCAGGUGACCUAAAGAAUUAAUGACAAAUAAAGCAAAAAGCAGACCUUACCAACACCAAAGAAACAUUCAAGCAAUAAAGUGGAAGACUAACCAAGAUUUGGACAUUAGGAUGUUUACUAUUAUUCUUUAAAGAAACUAACAACUGCAAAAAAAAAAAUGUCAGCAAAUUUUUCCAGCAAGUUGAGAAGCCAGGAAUGCCUGCACAGAAGACAAGAGAGCAACCUCCUCCCCACUUUCAGCAACUACUAGGUUUAUAUUUUUUUUCCUGGUUUUUACUGUUUUGGUAAUAAUAAUUGAAAGAAGAAAUAUUAAUACCACAUGGGGAGAACCUCAACCAAAGAAAUCUAAAAUAUAUAGUAAAUGCUUAUUUUUUUCUUUUUUGUUCAUUUUGGAUGCUGGUGCUAAACUUCCAAAGGUCGUAAUUUAAAAGAAAUUUUAUACCCUUAUUUAUUUCUAGGAUGAGGGGAGGAUAACAUUUUUGCUUUCUUAUGUGACUCUCUUUGAAAAUGUGCAGUAAGAAUUUUCUCAAAAAUAAAAAUUUUUACCCUUCAAAGGAAAA